AAAUAACAUUACCUAUUUUUAUUUACAAAAAUACUAAUUUUUACCAUUUUUGGACGAAAAACGGUCCUCGAAGGUGGUGCGAGUAGCUGUCACACGAUUCCAAAUUAUUUUUGAUUUAAUUGUGAGUGGAUGACGAAACAGCAAGACGCGAGGAAGUGAACUAUAAUCUUUAGUAAGGAAAAUCGAUUGCAUCGUCGCCAACAGUUUGAUUUUUACUUCUAGCCAAGAAAAUGGCCAACGUUUGCGAACCAUUAACCCUAGCCAAAGAUGUGAAACGUUCAAUAGAGCUUCUGGAAAAGCUGCAGAUGAGUGGAGAGGUACCAGCAACUAAGCUGGCUGCCUUGCAGAAGGUUCUCCAGAGUGAUUUUUUGAACGCUGUGCGUGAGGUGUACGAGCACGUCUAUGAAACUGUGGACAUCCAGGGCUCUCUGGACGUGCGGGCUUCUGCAACAGCUAAAGCAACUAUUGCAGCCUUCGCAGCUAGCGAGGGACAUGCCCAUCCGCGGGUUGUUGAGUUACCAAAGACAGAUGAAGGUCUCGGUUUCAACGUUAUGGGUGGAAAGGAACAAAAUUCACCCAUCUACAUUUCUCGCAUAAUCCCCGGGGGUGUUGCAGAUCGCCACGGUGGACUAAAGCGAGGCGAUCAACUGCUUUCUGUGAAUGGUGUAUCGGUUGAAGGCGAGAAUCAUGAAAAGGCUGUAGAACUGCUUAAGCAAGCCGUUGGAUCCGUAAAAUUAGUCGUCCGAUACACUCCGAAGGUUCUGGAGGAAAUGGAGCUACGCUUCGAUAAGCAAAGAGCUGCCAGAAGGCGUCAGCAGUACUAAACCAGCAUGCAUAUAUUGCCAUAUAUAAUUACUCGGAUGAGAGAAUGGUCUACCAGAACUAAGUUAAUGUUAAAGAUAUACGACCUAGUUCUGACGUGGGAUUUCUCUUAUUUUCAUCAACAUAAUUAUCAUUUUAUGUUCUGAUUACGCCAGAUUUAGUUAAUAUUUCAGUUUUGUGUCGUUCCCGUGUUUACGUUUCAAGCAUACCAAUGUUCUAGAUAAUAUUUACAUUUUAUGUUAAUUCAGCCGUAUUUACUGUCCAACAUUUGUCGAAUAAAUGUAUAUGUCGCGUUAAUGGGUAGCACUUA